AUGACUGUCUCAGUGUUUUUGAUUUGUAGCAAUUCGGUAGAAUUCAAAAAUUUGACAUCGAUAGCAAGGAAGACGAUUGCGGACAAUGAUUGCUUCGAUGUAAAGAAGCUGGAAGUGCUUUCCGGGAAAACGAACGUGUUUGCAAUCAAUCAAAUGGUUAGGCAUGGUUUACGCGAUCAAGUAGACUGGCCAAAAAUUCGCGGAACACAAGCAGCGCUGGAAAUACUUUAUUUCGAAUUCAACGUAACAGUGCCUUUUACCACUCGCAAUUCGACAUCAGGCCGGGUGUGGAUACUUUUUCGCGUCAAGUACUACAUCAAGGAGGAGCAGUAUUCAGUAGCCGGUGAACCAUACGUAUAUCAAAACGAGCUUAACUGUACAGCUAAGCAGCUGAACGCCAUCUGCUCAUGGUGCGCUUGA